AUGACAUUUCCCAAGGAUCGACUCCCGCAUUUACACGAUAAGAACGCAAAGACUGCCGAGAUGGUCGACGACAACGGCUACGGCUCCGAAAUCGUGAAGCAUUUCGAGCUCAUCACUUUGCAAGAUGAAGAAGGGCACAGCAAGUCUAGCUCUAACACCGAGAAGCGAAAGAUUCCAGAGGAAGUCGCAACUGCUCCCUUGUUUUCCUUGCCAGCAAAGGCAGCUCUGUUGAGAGAAUACAGCCCCACUGAUGACGGUAAUCCAGUCUAUCCCCAGUACGGUCUCCUUGGUCACCGUAACGAGAUGCCAGAUGGACCCAUCUCGUCAGAUUCUCUCGUCUACACGAACACUGCUGCUCCCUGGUCAGCUUUCAUUUGUGGUAGCCAGGGCAGUGGUAAAAGUCAUUCGCUUUCUUGUCUACUGGAAAAUUGCUUGAUGAAGGAUUCCCCUGCUGGAAAGCUGACAGCUCCUUUGGCGGGUAUGAUCUUUCACUAUGACAAAUUCACAGCGUUCUCCAACACGCAGCUGUGUGAGGCGGCCUAUCUCUGCUCGGCUGGGAUUCCCGUUCGUGUCCUCGUCUCCCCGACUAAUUACAUGGCGAUGAAGAACGCGUACUCCCAGCUGCCAGGUCUCGGAAAUGUGGCGAGCAAGCUCAAAGUUGAGCCAAUGUAUCUUCCACUGAAAGGGCUCAAUAUCGCCAUGAUGAAGACGCUGAUGGGGAUUGACGAUCAAGCGACCCAGCCCCUUUACAUGGAGAAGCUGGAAAAGGUUGUGAUGAAAAUUUUACGGGAUAUGGCUAUUGCUAAUCAAGGCCGCGAGUCGUUUGACUACAAGCGAUUCCGCACGCAACUUGACGCUGAGACAUUCUUAAAAGGCCAGCAGGUUCCUCUCCACAUGCGUCUGGAUGUCUUGGAGUCCUUCUUCGAGCCCGGCGUCAUCCCGCAAGGAGAUGGCAAGCCCUGCAAGCCUUCUCGUACUGACCAGAUUUGGAACUUCAAGCCCGGUACUCUGACAAUUGUCGACCUGAGCUGUCCUUUUGUAGGACCGGAAGAUGCGUGUGCCCUUUUUAAUAUCUGUACCUCGCUCUUUUUGAGAGAUCGCCACCAGGCCGGCAGAGUACUGGCUUUUGAUGAGGCUCACAAGUUCUUGUCCGCCACAUCUUCCGAGGCCGUCAACUUGACAGAAACCCUGUUGUCCAUUGUACGACAGCAGCGCCACCUGAGAACGCGCGUCUUGAUUGCAACUCAAGAGCCCACAAUCUCGCCAACCCUCCUGGAUCUUUGCAACCUGACCAUUAUUCACCGGUUCACCUCGCCAGCCUGGUUCAAAUCAAUCAAGGCCCAUAUUGCUGGAGCUCACAAUGCGGCCGAAGACCGUGAAACUUCCGAGCAGGAUCUGUUUCGGCAGAUCGUCCGGCUCAAGACGGGCGAGGCCUUGGUCUUCUGUCCAACUGCACUUCUGGCCACGUCAAAGUCUUCUCGGGUCAAUGACCACUAUGAUUCCUAUGAUGACGACGACGACGAGGCUGGAACAAAUGGAGUUUCGGAUGAUCACGGAGAAUGCAAGGCGACUCAGCUUGGCACCGGUCAUGUUCGUUUGCGGGUGCGAAAACGUGUCACUGCAGAUGGAGGCCGAAGUAUCACUGCCCAGUGA